CUGAAGAGCACUUGCCUAAAAAACCGGGAGGGAGCGCGCGCUGAGCAUCCACGCUCCAAACGGAUCUCAAGCCACGAAAUUCGGUAUCCCAGGCACUGCUUUCACCAUGGACUCGUAUCCUGGCAUGUUCUUGACUCUGUGUACUUGGCUUUUUUGCUCUUUGCGUUUUUGCGCCGUUACCAAAGCGGAGGUAACUUGCGCCUUGUGCCCGUUUCCAGUGCUUGUAAAAACUGGGGACGUCCAAAACAAUCCACGCACUAUCAUUCCCACGGCUGCUGGGAAAUCACUUGUCAGUUUCGCAAGCACGAGAUUGCAACCGGUUCUGGAAGGAGUUCAUGAGUUGGGAAAAGACGCGAGCGCGAACGGCGCACCAAAGUCGAUAGAAGUGGAAGUGGCAGCGCGCUCAACCGGAACGGUCUACAGUGCAAAAACGCCUCCUGAGCAAACUGCACAGGGAAAGCUGGGAUUUGAUAAAGUAGGUAAAAAAGACAGUGCGUUACUGAGGGGUAAAAGGAGCGUGGCGCAACUGGAUGAAUUUGGCGCAAGCACGCGAGGCGGAGAUUCCGCAGAGUCCACGGAUGCGAUGCUGUUUGUGGAUGGACAGAAACUGCGACGCAACCGCGAUGAGGGAAAAGUGACCACCUCCAGAUCGGAGGAACCCAAAGUGAGCAGUAGCACUUUCGCCCUGGCUGGAGACUCCGCUCACAACCACGCUGUGGUUUACUGGACCGGACAAAACAGCAGCGUGAUUCUGAUCCUGACCAAGCUUUAUGACUUCCACUUGGGCAGCGUCACUGAAAGCUCCCUGUGGAGAUCAACAGACUAUGGCACCACCUAUGAGAGAAUGAACGACAAAGUGGGAGUGAAGACAGUCCUGAGUUACCUGUACGUCUGCCCCACCAACCAGAGGAAGGUGAUGGUGUUGACUGACCCAGAGUUCGAAAGCAGCAUCCUUAUAAGUUCUGACGAAGGAGCCAGCUACCAGAAAUACCGUCUCAGUUUCUACGUCCUGAGUCUGCUUUUUCAUCCUUCACAGGAGGACUGGGCUCUGGCCUAUAGCCACGACCAGAAACUGUACAGCUCGUUUGACUUUGGACGGAAGUGGCAUCUCGUUCACGAGCGAGUGACCCCCAACCGCUUCUAUUGGUCUGUAAGUGGUCUGGAUAAGGAAGCCGAUCUGGUGCACAUGGAGGCGUACACUUCUGAUGGACAGUGUCAGUAUAUGGCAUGCCGGGCCCAGGCUUGUUAUGAAUCGAGUAGGACGUUCCCCUUCCCCGGCUACAUCGAGCCGAACUCGCUGGUGGUUCAGGAUGAAUACAUCGUCAUUCAGGUGACUAUGUCUGGGAGAGCUGCUUAUUAUGUGUCUUACCAAAGAGGACCUUUUUUGCGUAUCAAAAUACCUAAAUACUCCCUUCCAAAGGACAUGCACAUCCUAAGUACAGAUCAAGGUCAGGUUUUUGCUGCUGUGCAAGAAUGGAACCAGAACGACACGUACAACCUGUACAUCUCAGAUCCGCAUGGUGUUUACUUCACUCUGGCUUUGGAAAAUGUCAAGACCACACGAGGUCUUGGGGGCAACAGUAUGAUAGACCUGUAUGAGGUUUCAGGAAUCAAAGGGAUGCUGAUUGCUAAUAGAAAAGUGGAGAACCAGGUAAAGACGUACAUCACUUACAACAAGGGUCGAGAAUGGAGGCUGCUGCAGGCGCCCACUACAGACCUGGAUGGGAACGAGAUUUACUGUGUGCAGCCAUUUUGUUCGCUACACCUACAGCUGCAGAUGUCAGAAAACCCUUAUGUCUCUGGAAGUAUUACCACCAAGAACUCUGUGCCAGGAGUUAUCAUUGCUAUAGGAAAUAUGGGCUCUGAGCUUUCCUACAAUAAUGUAGGAAUGUUCAUAUCAUCAGAUGCUGGCAAUACCUGGAGACAGAUAUUUGAUGAGGAGCACAACGUUUGGUUUCUGGAUAAAGCUGGAGCUCUAGUUGCAGUGAAACAGCCUACCGUUCCCACAAGGCAUUUCUGGAUCAGCUUUGAUGAAGGGAGACAGUGGACACAUCAUAUUUUCUCAGCCUUGCCUCUGUUUGUGGAUGGAGUUCUGGUCGAGCCAGGCAUGGAGAAUCAGAUCCUGACGUUUUUUGGACACUUCAGCGAUCGCUCUGAGUGGCAGCUGAUCAAAAUCGACUACAAGUCCCUGUUUACCAAACGCUGCUCCGAAGGAGACUACCAAACGUGGCACUUGCACAAUCAGGGUGAGCCAUGCGUAAUGGGCCAAAAGCAGAUCUUCAUCAAGCGCCGCCCAGGCAACUACUGCAUGAUGGGAAAGGACACCAGGAUCCUAUCAGCUGAGCCUUGUAUCUGUCGAGCACAUGAUUUUGAGUGCGACUAUGGCUAUGAGCGUAGAGGUGAUGGUAACUGCCUCCCUGCAUUCUGGUUCAAUCCUGCCACUGUAUCACGGAGCUGCAGUCAAGGCCAGAACUACUUCAACAGCACAGGUUAUCGCAAAGUAGCAGCGAACAACUGCACCAAAGGGGUGAAAGAGAUGUACACAGCCAGGAAACAGCAGUGUCCCAAUCGCCCCCCUCGAGGACUGCACCUGACAACCCGUGACAGCACCCUCAAAGCAAAUAUGGGCUCCAACGUCACCUUCAUAGUCCAACUGGAAGAGGGAGACUCGAUGAGGACUAAUAUCCAAUUGGACUUCGGGGAUGGGACGGCAGUGUCCUACUCUAACCUUAGCUGGACAGAGGAGGGGAUCAGACAUGUUUACCGCAACACAGGAAUCUACCGGGUCACUGCCAUUGCCGAGAACAGCUUGGGUUCUGAUUCCAGCUCCCUGUACCUGCAUGUGGUGUCUCCUGUUGAACAUAUCCAGUUGCUAGCUCCAUUUGUAGUUAUUAAGAACAAGGAAGUGAAUUUGACUGCAGUGGUCUGGCCCUCUUACUCUCGAACCCUCACCUACUUCUGGUGGCUGGGGAACAACACAGAGCCUAUCAUCACUCUAGAGGGCAGCAUAUCCUAUUUGUUUCCACUGGAGGGGACGUACACGGUAACGGUGCAAGUUUCAUCAUCCAACACCAUUCUUCAAGACACCAAACAAAUCGUUGUUCAAGAAUUCUUUAAAUCGCUGCUUCUAUCUUUUUCUCCGAAUCUGGACGAGGCCAAUCCGGACAUCCCGGAGUGGAGGCAUGACGUAGGCAGGAUAAUUAAAAAGGCUGUGCUUCAAAUAGCUGAUAUUCCUGCUGAGCAGCUGCUGGUGGCUGUUUUCCCUGGACUCCCGACAGCUGCGGAGCUCUUCCUGCUUCCCAGCAAGAACCAGUCUGACAGCAGGAAAGGGAGUGAGGAGGAUCUGGAGAAGAUUUCAGAAAUCCUUGCCAAUGCAUUAAACCAGAACCUGGUAGAAUUUGAAAUGAAACCAGGAUCCAGAGUUAUCGUCUAUAUCACACAGCUAACAUUAGCUCCGCUGGUGGACUCAAUCCCUAGACACAGCAGUUCUGCCAUGCUGAUGCUCCUCUCUGUGGUGUUCUUGGGUUUAGCCGUCUUCCUCAUUUAUAAAUUCAAGAGAAAAAUUCCCUGGAUUAAUAUAUACGCUGAGGUGAACCAAGAGAAAGAGCAGGAGAUGAUCGGCACAGUGGGUCAGAACGACACAACCCCCAAAAUUAAGCUCAGUGAGUUCUCCAGCCCUAAAGAGCUUAUGGAGAAGGAUUUGGAAGUCCGUGUUAAACGUGGAAUGAUCAACGUCUGUGAAAGCACAAGAGAGAUUCCCAACUGUACAAGUGUCUAAAUGACCCAAGACAUGUUGGCAGUGCAGUGUAAUCAAGUGUACAGAAGUGUUGCCAUUUUGAAAGUUCUGUAUGUUCUCCUUCAUUUUGUAAUUUCAGAAACAGUCAUUGUUAAUAGUUUUCUAAGGACCUCGUUUCUACAGAUUUGCAUGGACGUCUUGUUUGAUAAGAUCUAUGAGGAAAACUUAAAUGCAUAAUGAGACCUUUUUAAUGACAUUGCUUGUUUGAGAGAAAAUAAUGAGGCACAGUGGUAAGUUGAGAGCAAACUAGUCUUUUGUCCUUCUCGACGAUAAGAAUAAAAUAAAAAAAUAAAAAAACAAAAAAAAAGUACCUUUGCAAUGUAUUGAUGGCAAAAUACACAUUUCAUAGGAGUUUCAUUGCGUCAGUGACAUCUGUUGCAGAAUCAGAAUGUAUGAAUUAUAGCUGUAACAAUCUUUUUUUUUUUCUUUAUUUUUGUUACAGAAUUUACUGUACAUUCUUUUGAAUGCUGGUCAUUUUAUAGGAGGCAAAUCCAGUUAAAAAAACAAUUAGUCGGCAGGGAAAAGAACCUUUGAUGCUUGUAGCUAGUCAUUAAAAGAAAACAGAAGCAGUGUAGUACUUACUACUUAAACAAAAAGGUUGUGGUGAUGUGAUUAUUUCUUAUAAUAUGAAAAUAUUAUCAACUUUCAACCCAGAAAUUUUAUCUAUUCUAUUUAUUCUACCAUAUUACAUCUCACCGACUGAUAGUGAUUAUAAUUCAUCCUUAUAAUUAGGUUUUUGGCAUAGUUGAAGGCUGAAUCAACAGUAAAACGCACAUUGACAAAUUUCAUGAUUCAUAGUUGGGUCAAGCACAGUCAGAGCAAAACAAAUUUAUACAAGCUAGAAUGCAAAGACACAAACAAAACACUCGAUUAUGUCACUAGAAUCAUAACGGUUAGGACUUCUGAAAGACAGGUUAUUUAAAGGGAGAACGCUAGGUGACAAUAGGUGUUAUUAGUAGUCUUGGGAGAACUAGAACGAGGUAGCUGCUCAUGUGACGGGUCAUUUGGCUGAGUUUAUAUGAGGAUUCUGCGAAAAGACCUUAUUUAAUUGCAGCCUUAAUCAUUUUCAUGCAUUUGUAUUGCAAGAUACUGCUGUAAAUGUUAUAUAAUCGUUAAACCUUUGAUUUAUUACCGAGUGAUUCCAAAAGAAUGAAACCAAUGCUGUAAAAUCUAACAUGUUUUAGAUUCUUUAUUAAGCAAAACAAAACAAAAAACAGCGAACGAAUGGAAAGAAUCAUGCAAACAGCAGCAGUAAUAGAGGUGUAUUUGGGUUAAGUAUCCAAGUUUAUCGCAGCAUCUGUGUUUAAAAUGACUAAUAGUUCAUUUUAAUUUUUUCAUAUUGUCAGGAUUUUUUUUUUUGGCCUCCGAACGCCUUACAAAAACAAUGCCUUAUUGACAUAUUAGGUGUUUUGCCAUCAAAACAUGUACAGUACACUUCAAAACUUCAUUCCUACACAUACAAGCAAAGGAUAUUGUAUAAAGACGUACGAUAAAGUAUUUCUAUCAAAGAUUAUGAGUUUAUUGUUCGUUUGUUUUAUAUCAGAUAUUGUGUCAUGUCUCCCAGGGAACAGCUUUCAACUGUAUCAUAGUCUCGAUAGAGCUCCACAUUUUCAUUUCUCUGUAUAUACAGCGCAUACGCUGUCACUUUCACAUGCUUCUAGUGUAAAUAUAGUGGCAAAGACAAAACAGUGAACCAGAUCACAGUAACAAAAAUGUGUUGAGUUUACUUUUUAUGGAAUCGUUGAUCAUUUUGCCAAUGUCCUUGACAUGUGCAUGUUAUUUACAAGGACAUGAUCUACAGUAUGUGUUGUAGAUAGUAAGCAAGCACUGUAAAUAGUUCUUUUUUUAGUCAUCAGUGUUGGGAUUCAGUUUUGUUUUGGUAUUUUUCUUAUUUUUUUUUUUUUUUACAUAAUACAUAUUUGAUCUUAUGUAUCCUGAUAUUGCCCUGUUGUUUACCUCUUUCACAUAGAAAUACAUUCUGUUUAGCAGAAAUUAUUUGGGAACAUUUGGGGAUAUUUUAAAAUGUAAGAGGAAUAUUACAAUUAUUACUUCUGCUACUGUCACCGUUCUUGUUCACGCGGCUUAUUGCGCCGUAUCCAAUUUUCUAUGAGAAAGAGGUCAUGUUUAAGUAUCAUUUACAGAUGUAUUUACACUAAUAUAAAAUUUUACGAAGUUCUAAAAAAGAAUCAAAUGCUCCAAUACUUCUUUAAGUAGCCAUCAUGUAAUAGGUCAGUUGUUUGCCCUUUGAAUCUAGCACUCACAUUCAUCAUUUACACCAGUCAGUCAUAACAUUGUAUGGUGAAGUGAAAAACAUUGAUUAUAUUAUUACAAUGGUAAUCCAGGGGUGGGAUCUAUGAGGCAAAAUGUGAACAGACAGUUCUUGAAUAGGGAAAAAUGGGCAGGUGUGAGGACCUGAGUGACUUUGACACGGACAAGAUUGGGAUGGCUAGAUGUCUGGGUCAGAGCUUCUCCAAAGCAGAAGUUCUUGUGUGGCGUUCCUAGUAUGCAGUGAUUAGUACCAAAAAAAAGUGGUCCAAGGAAGAACAACUGGUAAACCGGUGACUGUGUCAUAGAUGCCCAAGGUAUACUGAUGUGCAGAGCAAAGGCUAGCCCUGGUUUGAUCCCACAGAUGAGCUUGCAUGAGAGUGCAUCAUAGCAUGCUUGAGUACAUGAGGCAUCAUGAUGCACAAAGGGAAAAAGACAAGCUGGUAGAAGCAGUGUGAUUCUCUCAGCAAUGUUCUGCUGGGAACCCUUAGCUCCUACUAGUCAUGUGAAUGUAAUUUUGACAUGAAUAACCUACAUAAACAUUGGUUCAGACCAAGUAAACUCCUUCAUGGAAGUGGCAUUCCCUAAUGGCAGAGGAUUUAUUCAUUCGGCAGGAUAAUGCUCACUUCCACAGUACUAGAGAAUGCUUUGAAGCAUGGCAGCAAAGAGCCCUCAGUCUGAUUGAAUACAUCUGUUAGAUGUUCUGGACAAAUAAAUACAAUCCAUGGAAGCCCCACCUCGCAACUUAUAGUACUUAAAGGAUCUGCUGCUAACAUCCUGGUGCCAGCUACUGUACCACAGCACACCUUCAAAGGUCUUGCGGAGUCAGAGCUGAUUUGGUGUCCACAAAAUUAGGCAGAUGGUAGUAGUGUUAUGGCUGAUCAGUGUAUAUAUCUUUUUAGUUUCUAUACCACUUUAUGAAAAGAUCAAGGCAGAAGUUGCCCAUCCCUACAAAUGUGUAAAACCGGGUUAAUUCCAGUUAAUCACAAGCAGUCAUUCCAUUAUCCUUCUAAAAUUACUAACCUUGUCAUAUUACAGAGAAACCAGAAACUACAAAUCCCUCUGUCCUGAAGACUUUUAUAUGUUGGAAAACUAGCUCUACUUUUACCUAAAUGUCACAUAGUGCUACAGUAACACCAGAGACUCCUUCCAAAGAUGCUAAAUAAUUGUAAAUAAAUAAUUGCAGGAACAAAUGCGUUCAGGUAAACCUCUGUUUUGCCUUGCAGCAUGAGAGCAUCUCCACUCUCUAACCGAUUAGAACCGAUGACUUCAGCAGCAUUGUACUAUAAUGUUAAUGCUAAGACAUUAAAAAAAAAAGAUUACUUUAACCUGAAUUACACAACAUGUUUGGUAUCUGUCCAAUCAAGGUUGAGUCAUCCUCAUUGAUUAUUUUUACUCGACUGUCACUUACUCAAACAGACUCCUUAUACAGUAUAGACUCCAUGCAAACUUUAAAACAAACAUCUGCUCAUUGAUGUAUUUUCUUGUGCUUUUUUUAUUCCAGUUUGACAUUUUGUGUGUUCCAUCGUACUUUUCUGCCGGCACGGUUGUAAGGAAUCGUUACCAUAGUUACCAAUUACCAAGUUACCAUAGUUUUCCUGUCACUUGCUACCAUUCUUCUUUAACCUCUCACUAAGACAUUUCCACCCACAGAACUGCUGUUCACUCACUUCAGAAGAUCAGGAGUUUUUAUUUAUUUAUUUAUUUAUUUGUUUGUUUGUUUGUUUAUUUAUUUAUUUAUUUCUUCCCCAAAUUCUCAUGAUUUUGAACAAUAACUGAAGAUGUUAACCUGUACCUUCAUCUGCUAUAUGCUGCACUGCUGUCUGGAUAAUUGCAUGAAUAAGCAGUUGUGCAGGUGUUGUUGAUGGUCAAUGAUGUGAAAACCUAAAAAUAAUGUAAUGACAAAUCAAACAAACACAACAACUCAUUUUAUCCCUGAAACCAUUUUCCUCCUCUGAGGAUAUAUUUUGUGAGAUGUCACCUGAAAGCCCAGGAGACAUUACUUAUUGAUAAACCUUUAUAAACCAACAUUAAACAAAAUGUGAGAAGUGUUGAUUCAGCGUGGCUGAUGUUACUUACUAAGUAAGGCUCAUUUACAGUAUCCUCUUUUCUACUCUUUUUCUACACUGCACUUUAUUUUUAACAGCGCAAGCAUCAUGUAAGCCUAACGAGAUGGCCUAGGUUUUAUUUAAUUAUCUCAAACUCUCCUACUGUAGCAAGCUAUUUCUUGCCCCCAAAAAAACCAAAACCCUCGUUUCCUACAUGGAAGUGCAGCGAUCCAUGCAUGCUGAAGUCAGCAUGUAAUUAACGUUUAGCAGACAGGAGAGCAGGUCUGACACUCAUAACUCAAUACACCUUUGCUUGUUAAUGCUUGCCACUUUUCCCUUGGCGUUCUCGUCCAUCACAAUUCUAAGCCUUCGUUAUUCAAUACGUGUUGCACAUUCAUGUGUUUCCUUUGUACUCCAUUUCAUGCUUACCUAUUUAUAUAUAUAUAUACAUAUAAAUAUACAUUGUAUGGAAAAAGGUUAAGGCUAGGUUUAGGGGUG